CCAGAAGAGCUAUAUAUGGAUCGGAUAAUGAGAUUGGAUGCAGAUCCGAACAUGUACUGGUUAGGCAGGUUUCGUGGGCAAAAGAGUAAGCUCACAAGUUCGUUGAUGUUUGCCACAUUUUGUUCGUCAAUGACGUCGUUCCAGUUUGGUUACAGUAUUGGGUGCAUUAACGCCCCGAAAAGGAUGAUAACGGAAUGGAUCAUGGUUUCGCAUGAGAAGAUGUUUGAAGAGAAACUCGAUCAAGGAAGGGCAGAUCUGACAUUCCAAACGAUAGUUGCCCUAUUUGGAGUGGGCGGAGCAGUCGGGGGAUUGAUUUCGGGAGUGCUGGCCAACGCAGCUGGUAGAAGAGGCUGUCUGCUCUACACGAACAUCAUUGCUUUCCUUGCUGCUGCUUUUAUGGGUACAGCAAAGUAUGCCGGCAUUUACACUAUGAUGUACCUCGGACGCUUUUUCAUUGGGAUCUACGUAGGUAUCUCGGUAGUCGUGCCUAUGUAUCAAAUAGAAAUCGCGCCAACAAAAUAUCGUGGAUUCAUCGGCUCAUUUCAUCAACUUCUCAUCUGUGCCUCCAUUCUUUUCUCCCAGCUUAUGGGCCAUCCGAUGCUACUUGGCACACCGGAAAGAUGGCCGCUUAUUUUUGGUUUCAUUGCCAUACCUGCUAUUGUACAAGUUAUCACAUUGCCGAUGAUUCCCGAAUCACCACGGUUCACUUUGUGUAUCAGAGGUGACGUAGAACAAGCCAGGGAAGAUUUGGAGAUCUUACGAGAAACACGAAAUGUCAGCGCUGAAAUUGUCAGCAUGAAAGCUGAGGCGGCUGCGGUAUGGGAUACGUUACUCGAUCGACCAUCGAUGUUGGAUAUGUUUCGUAAAGAACUCCGACAGCCCACGAUGAUUGUCAUUGUAAUGAUGAUAUUUCAACAGUUAACAGGAAUCAACGUUGUCAUGUUCUACUCGACAAUGAUCUUCGAAGAUGUCGGUCUGAACGGUGGAGAUGCCAUCUUCGCCACCAUCAUGGUGGGCACAGUGAAUCUUCUGACAACGUUCAUACAAAUGUAUUAUAUUGAUCGACCAAAAUGUGGUCGCAAAUCACUAUUGAAGUUGGGUACUAUCGGAAUGAUCAUAACGACUUUGUCUUUGACAGUAUCAAUUACUUAUAAGGAAAUGGCCAUUGCAAAGUAUAUCAGCGUUGCAUCGGUCAUGAUUUUUGUUUUUUCAUUCGCUCUUGGACCAGUUAAACCUCAAUUAGAGGAACAAGAGGAUGGAACUGUUAUUCGUGCGCACCGGGCCCCAAACUUCCGCGCAGGAAUCACCACUGGUUUACUUGGAAGUGUCAUUACUUUGGGAUCUCCAUGGGAAUUAGCCGAUAUUGUCAAAAGCUGUUGUAUCCAAGAGGAAAUAACGCUUUUCUACGUUUAUACUCGUUCUGAUAUCCAGUACCGUUCUGCAUAG